AUCCAGCUUUUAGUAUGUUAGGUCUUUGCGAUCUACGCUGGAGUUGUCGUGGAGAUUGGCAUGAGCAUCGGUUGUCUCCACCGCUUGAUCGCUAGGUAGUUCAUUCCUCAAUUUGCAGCAGCGUAUUUACCACUUCUGGAAGUACUUACGCGCUAAAGAAGAACAAUGGUGUCCACAACGUCCAUCCUGGCUAUGGCCGCGGCGGUCGCCACUACCGUUGACUACGUACAGGCUCACGGAUACAUCGCUAAGCCCGCUCCUUCCUGGAAGGACAAAGAGACCAACGACUGGGUUGUCGAGAUUGAGCCCCAGUGGAAGGGUGGCUGGGACGAGUCCAAGGGUGACGAGGGUCUUCUGGCUACGUUCAAGGAACUCGCGCCUAAGAACAACUACAAGGAUGUUCGAUCGCUGAUGGACGGCAACCCCGUGUACGGCGAGGACUGUGGUUUCACGGACCCCAAGGGUACCCCUUCGGAACCUCCCUCGGACGGCACGGCUACCUUCUCUCGUGGUAUUGUACACGCCGGUCCUUGCGAGAUCUGGUUGGACGACAAGAUGGUCCUUCAGAACGACGAUUGCCAGAGCGCUUACGGUGACGGUACCCAGAAGACGAUCUCCGUUUUCAAACCCGUGGACUACUCGUCGUGCGCUUCGGGUGGUUGCAUGCUCCGAUUCUACUGGCUCGCCCUGCAACGUCUCGAUGGUAAGACGGUGUGGCAGGCGUACAAGAACUGUAUCCCCCUGACCGGCCCUGCCGGUGGAGGUGCCUCGCAGCAGACCCCGUCUACUGGCGGUGGCUCGGACACGUCUCAGAAAUCACCCGACGAGGACCCCUCGCAGACCGCUCCUUCUACCGGCGACUCCAGCAAGAAGGAAGAGUCGGAUGGCAGCAAGAAGGAGGACAAGAAGGAAGAGUCGGAUGGCAGCAAGAAAGAGGACAAGAAGGAGGACACCCCGUCAGGUGGCGACUCGCCGUCUUCGCCGGAGACACCCCCGUCUGGUGGUGACUCUCCUGAGACCCCCCCGUCCGGCGGUGACUCGCCGGCCACCCCUGCUCCGGAGACCCCGUCGGCCGAAACACCCGAGAUGUCUCCGGUUCCGGCCCCGAGCAGCAAAUGCAACGGCCGUCGUCGCCGUCGCUACUAGACUCCGAACGGAAGGAGGAAGCUACGCGCUACAAGUGUACGUGGAUAUUCGUUCGGGUCUCGGUCUUAGAGAUUGAGCCCGGUGUGUCGUACGAGCUGAGAGCGCGGCGAGGUGUUCACAGCAGAGAAAACAGCUAGGAGAAUUGAUGUUUUUCCUAUCUAUUGAGUGUCAACAUAGUUCAUGAUUUCUUAU